AUGCUACUAUUAUUAUUAAUAUUACCAUUAUUAUUAUUAUUAUUAUUAUUAUUAUUAUUAUUAUUAUUAUUAUUGUUAUUAUUAUUAUUAUUAUUAUUAUUAUUAUUAUUGUUAUUAUUAUUAUUAUUAUUAUAUCAUACUAUAUUAUUAUUAUUAUUAUUAUUAUUAUUAUUAUUAUUAUUAAUAUUAUUAUUAUUAAUAUUAUUAUUAAUAUUAUUAUUAAUAUUAAUAUUAUUAUUAUUAUUAUUAUUGUUAUUAUUAUUAUUAUUAUUAUUAUUAUUAUUCUUAUAUUAUCAUUUUUACUAUUACUCAUAUUAUUAUUAUUAUAUUAUUAUAUCAUUAUUAUUACUAUUAAUAUUAUUUAUGUUAUUCAUAUUAUUUUACUAUAUAUAUAUAUAUGUUCUGCCCGGUGUUUGCCAAAAUAAAACUUCAAGAACCAUAGCUGAAAAAGCUUGCCGAGGAAGGAGCUGA